AUGGAAAGUCAUUUAAUUUUAGUCUUUUAUUUUAAUUUCUUAAUUGUAAUAUUGAAAAAUGUUUUCUUUUAUUCCAUUAAUCCAUACCACAACAUAAAGAAGUUUGAACUUAAAUUUAUGCACACGAAAAUACAAUUAAUAAGAAAUUUAGCGGAUUUUUUUGAUGUUAAAGAUGAGGAUAUCUUAAAUGAUCAAGGUAUCUCAAUAAAGGAUCUACAAUUAUUGUAUAACAGCAAUUUAAGUAAGAGUGAAAAUACAUCGAAUGAAGUCGAUUUUGAAGAUUUAAGGACUUUAUUUGUAAAAUUAGUUGAUAAAUUGUUUUUAACAAAUUAUAAAGAAUGCUUAGAGAGCGAAAAAAAACAUCAUAAUUCUCUACGUAACACGUUGGAGGGUAUCAGCCGUGACUUGUUAAGUCUUCUCCAUAGUUCACUCGAUAAUGUAAAAAAUCAUGUAAAUUCAAUAUUUCAGGAGAAUAAUGUUUCUUGUGAAUAUGAAUUAAGUAUGUUUAAUGGCAUAGAUAUUUCCUUUCUUUUAGGUUUUCCAUUAAGAUUAGAUGAUUCUUUUGUAUUUUUUGAUAAUUUAGAUAAAAAGAAUAGUGAAUUUUUUUCUAACUUUAGUAAAAAUAUUUCAAAUUAUCAUAUAUAUAUUAUUAGGUAUUUAAACAAACGUGUAAAUAGGUUUCCUUUGAAAUAUAAUUAUACAGAAGAUGAAGUUCCCGUUAAUUCUCACAGUAAUGUAAUGGGUACCCUUUUAAAGGAAUUUACUAAAUCCAUAUUAAGUCAUAAUGAAGAAAAAACAGAUGACAUGAACUCUCCUCUUAAGAUAGAUGUUCAUCAUAUUAAUAAUCUAAUUGAUAGUACGUAUAGAAUGUUAGAUGCUACUAUAAAUUUAAAAACUCAUGCCUUAUUCGUAAAACUAAAUAAAAUAUUAAAUAAUGAUAUAAAAAUUUUAAUAGCCUUUAUUGCAUACAUUCUUGAAAUAGAUUAUUCUAGUAAUAAGUUUACAUUAGAAGAAAUUAAAGAAAAUCAUGGAGAUGAAAUAUUUAAUGAUAAAAUUUUAAAUAAUAUAUAUGAAUUAUUUUUACAAGAGAGAGAUUACAUAAAAAAAUCCUUAAAUAAAUUUAAAGAAUAUAUUCAAGCUAUUUUUGGUUUUGAUGUAAAUAGUUUAGGUAUUAGGUCAUUAGUACAGAAGCUUUAUGGAUCAAUUGAUAAAAAAGAAAUUGUGGAAGUAUUUAAUGUUAUUGUAUACUCAUUAUUUUGUAAGAAACAGAUAGAUGAAUAUUCGGAUUUUAUAAAAUCACUUAAAAAUGAAUCGCAAGAUAGAAGGUCAGGUAUUGGGAAAUUUAUAUAUCUCUUUGAAAAACCCCAUGAUAACGUUUUUUUUAUUCCAAAAAAUAAAUCCUCUAAUUUAUUAUUAAAAUUUACUGAAAUUUGUAAAAGAAAUACUUUUAUGAAUAAUCUCGCACACAUCAAUGAACAUUUAUUAUCAUUAGAUAUUUACUCUGAAAAUGUAAAGAAGUUUAAAGCCUUUAUUUACUUAAUACACUUAAUAAAUAAAGAAUUGAUUGAAUUGAAAGAACAUUAUUUUACUUAUGGAAACGGAAAACUGUUAAGAAAAAAUUCAAUUUUAUAUCUUCUUCAUGAUAUUGUGAGAUUUAAUGAUAGUUACAUCAAAUAUGAAAAUAACGCUAUGUUUUCUUAA